CCAAAGCGCCAGCUCAGAUUCGGAGAAAAAGCUGCCGUGUCGUGACUACAGUGGCUGCGGCAGGUUCACGACGCACCAAACCCAUCCGCGGUCGCAUCAAUUACCUGCAGCGAUCAUUACUUACGCCCUCCAGCACAACAGAGCAGCCUCUGCGGUGACGUCACAUUUCAGCGUUUCAGCGUACAACCUAGCAAGAGGGCGUCUGCCAAAGUAUCAUGUCGAGUGGUUCGGGAGGCUCAGGAACUGGGGACGAGGGAGCUGGUCUUCCACCGGAUAAACAGUACUACUCAUCGAGCCGGUCGUUCCUGUUCGUCUGCAUCUGCAUCGGCUGCAGCUACCAGUGCGUCACUGAAUUCCCUUACCUCAUACUCAGCCAUGGCGGAGCCUGCUUCCUGCUCUCGUACGCGGUCGUGCUGAUACUGCUGGGGAUACCAAUGGCGGCCUUCGAGAUGUCCAUGGGCCAGUUUCGCGGCAGGGGCUGCCUCGAGAUGUGGACUUGCGUGCCCGUCGCGAAAGGCGUGGGUAUGGCGAUGUUAUUGAAGACGUUCGUGCUGACGGCGUACAAGGCGUUCCAAGACGGCUGCCUCUUCUACUACUUCCUGCAGGCCCUGCAGGACGAGCUUCCCUGGGCCAAGUGCUUCACCUGGUGGGGUGCCAGUCCGCUGAACUGCGUGGACAGGAACGUCAAUCUCACGCGCAAUUGUCACGCGGAGAAGAUGAAGCUGUACGACAUGAGCGUGCAGCAGCCGUUCCCGCCCGACCCAAACGAAACAUUCUUCACAGUGUGCGGACACGACGUGCGCGUGCCGACCACCAUGUACUUGGCCCAUGUCUCAGAACCAUGCCACGAGACACGGCACCACUCCGAGUACUCCUUCCUGGUGUUCGGUGCGUUGAAGCUGACGAGUGGCAUUGACGAUCUCGGCGGCAUACGUUGGGAGCUGCUAGUGUGCUACAUCUUCGCCUGGUUUGUGAUCUUCGUCUGCACCGCCAAUGGAGUGGCUACCGUCGGCAAGAUCUCACCUAUUCUGGCCUUGCUUCAGUUGGGGCUCUUUGGCGCCGUGACAGCCAACGCACUCUUCCUUCCCCAUGCCAAGACGGCGAUCGUCGAGCUCAUAUACCCGCGCUGGAAGGCGCUGCUUGACAUCAAGACUUGGAGCGAUGCGACGUUUUCGGUGCUGACGGGGCUCGCCAUCGGUCUCGGGCAGCUCCAGACUCUCGCGUCCUACAACGUUUUCGACACGUACUCGCUGCAGUGGGCCUUCCUGAUGCUGCCACUGGUUAUGACCCUGUCAAAUCUGCUGGGCUGUGCGCUGGUCUUCGGCGCGGGCGGAUACUUGGCUCGACAUCUUGGAUGUUGCUUCCAAGACUUCGAGACGUACCCAUUCGUGUUCCCGUUCGUCAUCUUCCCCGAGGUCGUGAAGUCAAUGUCCCUGCCCCGUCUCUGGUCGGGGAUAUUCUUCUGCGCUCUUUUCCUGGUGUCAGUUGAUGCAAUGAUCUUCAACGUGUGCACUGUGAUAGCGUGCGCCGAGGACCUUUUCCCACAUGUCCGCUCCAACAACAACAUCAACAAAGUGGCCUUCUUUGCGUGCAUUGGUAUGUUCGUGUCCGGCUUCCCGACGGUCACUCAGGGUGGCAGUUACAUCGUCAAGCUCCUCGAGGACCACACCAUCCACGCUGUCAUCAGCGAAUUCAUACCGCUCAUCGAGAUUGUCUUCGUCAUGUACUUAUACGGUCUGCGACGGUUCGCGUUCGAUGUGCAGUUUAUGCUGGGCCGACAACCCAGCUACUAUAUGCAGACGUGCUGGAUCAUCUUCUGCCCCCUGAUGAUGGCGAUGGCGUGCGUGCACAGGGUGGCCACGUACACGCCGCCCGUGUUUAUGAAGGCGCAUGUUCCCAGCCAGUACAAGGCGCUCGCUUGGGUCGUGGGGGGCUCCGGCUUGCUGCAGAUACCCUUGGGCAUCUUCACCUGCGUCGUGGAGAACUUUCGGGAACCGCUCCGUGCCUUUCAACCCGAGUACCUGUGGGAGCCGAAUACGGUGAAUCGGGUGAACGCCUACUUCGAAGAGCUCGAAGAGAUUGGACUCGUUCCCGAAGAAUCGGACGCGGAUGAGCUUCAGGGUGUCCUCUACGACGCAACCGAGGCCCUCGACAUCUCCAUAGACCGCGACGAGCCGCUUGUGUUCCGACCGCAGUUGUGAGCGAUGAGCCACGUCACGGCGUCACGGACCGCACUCGAGUCUCGUUGAACGCGAAAGAUCUUUGCGAGGGUUUCGGCGCCCGUCCCUCACGGAUGCCGGCUGCAUCAGCUCUACUUACAUUGCUUUUUCCUUUCGGUGUCGUCGCUUUUUCUAGUGCCUUUGAUUUUCAGCGUUCGUGACUUUGUGAUGGUUAGUUUUAGCUCUGCAUAGUGCUUUGUCAUUCGAAACAACUUGACGCUGCUGGCUUCUUAGGCGCCAUUCAUGUAGUCAUAAAGUGCGAGCACUGCAUAAGCCUCGCACUACUAACUAGCCCAACGUCGGCCAUAGCUUCGUCGAUUUUGAUAGUCUACAGUAUAUCUCAGACUUUUGUAUUCCGUGCACCUUUUAUGCUUGUGUGUUUUUCUUUGCACAUAUCCGAUGCUACCCCAUUAACACAUGCUCGCGUGAUGCUUGGAUCUUGAUUUUAGUGUUAGUAUUGCGUGUGCAUGGGAGAUAUCGUUGAACGUUCUUAUGAGCCUUCUCGGGAAUUCCUUUUACGAAGGUUUUUUGCUUUUAUAGGAGGACAUGAAACGAAGAUUUUGAUGCAGAGCCGACACUCCAACAGGAUGCAUAGUAGCUAGUUGAAAAUUGGAUGCCGACAAAAACCAUUAAAAAUUUUAAAUUUGUUUUAA